GCAGCGUGGCUCCCUCCCCUCCUCUCCUCUCCCUCUUUCCAGUCUGAACCACUCCGGGCAGCGGGUCACGCCGGAAUCUGGGAGCCAAGAUGCGGGCUGUGGGAGCCCCGGGAGUCGGUGUGCUGUGGGCGGCGCUGGUGGCCCUGGUGGCCGGCCGCGUGUCGGAGCUGGUCACGCGCGUGCAGGAGCAGGUCCAGCCCGAGUCCUCGCUGCUGCCGCCAAAGGUCAUGAUCGCGAUCCUGGCUCGGAACGCGGCGCACAGCCUGCCGCACUACCUGGGCUGCAUCGAGCGGCUGGAGUACCCGAAGGAGCGCACCGCCAUCUGGGCAGCGACAGACCAUAAUGUGGACAACACCACUGCCAUGUUGAGAGAAUGGUUGAAGAAAGCCCAGCAAGUCUAUCACUCCGUGGAGUGGAGACCGAUGGAGGAGCCGAGGUCCUACACAGAUGAAUGGGGCCCGAAACACUGGCCUCCUUCUAGGUUUAAGCACGUUAUGAAGCUGAGACAGGCGGCUCUGAAGGCUGCACGCGAAAGAUGGGCCGACUAUAUCCUGUUUGUUGAUAGUGACAACCUGCUGACCAACCCUCGAGUGCUGAACCUGCUGAUGGCUGAGAACCUGACCCUGGUGGCUCCCAUGUUGGAGUCUCGCUCUCUCUACUCGAACUUUUGGUGUGGCAUCACCCCCCAGGGWUACUACAUGCGAACCCCAGACUACCAGCCAAUCAGAGAGUGGAAAAGACUCGGCUGCUUCCCUGUUCCGAUGAUCCACAGCACCUUCCUGGUGGACUUACGGCGUGAAUCCAGCCGGGACCUGACCUUCUACCCUCCUCACCCAGACUACAGCUGGGCGUUUGACGACAUCAUGGUGUUUGCCUUCUCCGCACGUCAAGCAGGUGUGCAGAUGUAUGUGUGUAACAGAGAACACUACGGUUUCCUUCCGAUUCCUCUGAAGCCUCAACAACACGUGGAAGAUGAAAGAGAGAGUUUCAUACACACCAUUACAGAAGCUCUGAUUGACCAUGACAUCAACCCCUCAGAGUUUGUCCACUCAUCUCUUUCACCUCUGUCUAAGAUGGGCUUUGAUGAAGUUUUCCUGAUUAAUCUGAAACGCAGGCUGGACAGAAGAACCAGGAUGUUGAAAACAAUGGCCUCUCUGGGCCUUCAGGCCGUUCUGAUAGAUGCAGUGGACGGCAAGGCUCUGAAUGGUUCCCAGCUCCAGGCUCUGGGUAUUGAAAUGAUGCCUGACUACAAGGAUCCAUACUCUGGUCGUGUUCUGACCCGGGGGGAGAUCGGCUGCUUCCUGAGCCAUCACUCCGUAUGGACACARGUGGUGGAUCGUGGACUCCAGAAGGUUCUAGUUUUGGAGGAUGACGUGAGAUUUGAGCCCAGGUUUAAACGGAGGCUUCAGACCAUCAUGGAUGACAUCAACAGAACCCAGCUGGACUGGGACCUCAUCUACGUGGGGCGUAAACGGAUGCAGGUGCAGCAGCCGGAGCAGUCAGUGGAGGGUAUAAACAACCUGGUGGAGGCCGACUACUCCUACUGGACCCUCGCCUACGCGCUGUCACAACAAGGGGCCAGAAAGUUACUGGCUGCUCAGCCUUUCUCCAAGAUGCUCCCUGUUGACGAGUUUCUUCCCGUCAUGUUUAACAAACACCCCAA